AUGGCAGAGGAAAAUGGAACAGUUGACACUGUUGUCGAAGUUCCCGAAGUCAAAGAAGAACAAGUUGAAGAAGAAUAUGCGUAUUUAGAUCGAGGAGGUUUCUCUUCAGAAAAGUUUAAAAUUGAACUGCGUGGUCUGCCCAAAUUUUAUGGAAUAGCGGAACUAAAAAAGUUAAUGAACCAGAAACUAGGGUUAAAAACAAGUAAAAUCAAAAGGCCAAGGAAUGGCAGCCAGUGGCUGUAUGCAUGCUUCCAAAAUGAUGAGGAUCGGAAGAGUGCAGUUGAGGCGCUCAAUGGUUAUUCGUGGAAGGGAAAGACUCUAAUAGCUGAAGAAGCAAAACCAGCUCCGGAUCCAUUAGUUAGGAAGAGAAAGCAAGAUGACGAAGUGGGUCAGAAUAAGAAGAAGAAAGAGGAGGAUAAUAGAAGUCAAGUACAGAAGUUGAAGGAUGCCACCACUCCUUACUGGAACAUUGAUUAUGAGGAACAGUUAAAACUAAAAGAAAAGGAAAUAAAGCAGAUACUAAUGAAGUUUGACAAUGAAAGAUGGAAGAUAGACAAGAACAGACGUAAUGACAUUGAAGCAAACAGAAAGAUUCACGAUGGCCUGAGUUUUGAACUGAGGCCAAUCCAGAAGUCUCCGGUAACAAUGGGAUAUAGGAAUAAAUGUGAGUUCACAGUGGGAUAUGAUGAAGAGACCAAGUUGCCCACUGUUGGGUUCAGGUUGGGGAGCUAUGUGACCGGCACUGUGGCUGUCGGACCUAUACAAGAAAUGAUUCAUAUCUCUGAGAAUACUAAGAAGGCUGUUUUGCUGUUUCAAGACUUCGUCCGCAAAUCAAAGAUGGCGCCGUUCUCUCCAGCUGAUUACACAGGCUACUGGAGGUUCCUCACUGUAAGGGACUCCACUUCCACUGGUGACGUCAUGCUUAUUGUUGUAAUGCAUCCUCAGAAUCUUACGGAAGAAGAAAUAGAGCAGGUGAAAAGGGAUUUAAUCGACCAUUUUAAUUCCGAGCAAGCUGUCGCAUGUGGGAUCAAAUCUCUAUAUUUUGAGCUUGUUGUCAAAAAACGAGUGGGCGAAGACGGAGCUAAACCAGUACAUCUAUCAGGGUCCACACACAUCAUCGACACUAUACUUGGCAAACAGUUCAGGAUAUCGCCCGAAGCAUUUUUCCAGGUGAAUACGGCGGGUGCUGAAGUGUUAUACCAAAGCGCGAUAGAGCUGAGUCAAGUGCAGAAGGAUUCUAAGGUUCUCGAUAUAUGCUGCGGUACUGGUACCAUUGGACUGUGCUUUGCUCCGCACUGUGGCAGAGUAUUAGGCUUGGAGAUGAUAACAGAGGCGGUGAAGGAUGCGAGGGCAAAUGCCGAGCUUAAUAGUAUACAGAACUGUGACUUCUUCGCCGGCAAGGCCGAGGAUAUACUGACGUCGGUACUCGCCAGGGCUGAUGGGGACGAUAUUAUUGCUAUUGUGGAUCCACCUAGAGCUGGAUUACACAUGAGAGCAGUGACACAGCUAAGGAACACACGUAAAGUGACUCGCCUGGUCUACAUAUCGUGUAGUCCAUCAUCAGCCGUGAAGAACUUCGUGGACCUCAGCCGGCCGUCCUCCAAGACACUGAGGGGAGCACCCUUCGUGCCAGUACGCGCUGUACCCGUCGACAUGUUCCCACAGACUAAGCAUGUAGAAUUGGCUAUAUUGUUUGAAAGAGAGGAAUCUCCGGCUCCGGUAGAAGAAUCAAAAUCUGAAGACGCCGUACAAGAGGACGCGUCAAGUCAAGAAACAAGUGAAACUGCAGAUGUAGAUAGGCAAGGAAAUGAUAAUAAUGUAGCGUAG